AUGCAGGCCCUCGUCAGCUGUAGAGGUAAUACCGCGCAGAUCCCUUCCCCCCCCUGCUUGUGCUCCGCGGAUGGGGCUGUUGUUGGCCAAGAAAAAAUUGCAAUCGGCCGCCGAGCGGGGAGUUUUGGUUUCCCCCACCUUCCUGCUCGCCUUUCGUUCAUCGUUUCCCUUCCAGCCGAUGCAAAGCAAAAAUAGGAUCGCUCAAGAGAGCCGAUUCUUCUUUUGGGAUCUUCUGAUUUAGGCAAAUUAAUGCGGAGCAUGCUUCCGCGUUACGCGCAAUUCAUCCUCCCGUUUUCCGUUGUCUUCGGCCUCGUUUUCCCCAUGUCCUCUCUCUAUUUCGGAGGUCGUGCGGACUUUUCCUAUCCUAUAUUCAUUGGAACUGUCUCGUUCGCGCUCGUCCGGCUGCAAGGGAUAUCGUGUUGCGCUUAUUUUAAUCCACUGUUUUGCACGAUCGACCGGUUCUAAUUUAUCCCGCUGUUUUACGAUCGGCGGGAUCCCUUCGCCUCGUUUCGUCUCAUCUUCGUGGAUUCCGCGUCUCUCCUUCGUGGUGAUGUUUUACCCCGUCUCCUCUGCCGAUUAUUUUCUCCUGCUCAAGCCAUGGAUCUUGACCCCCCGCUUAAUGUUACCCCUUUCCCCAGGUGAUGACGAUAUCCGGCCGCGUGGAGGGCGGAAGCUCUCAGAUCUCGGGGAUGCGGGCAUCUUUCUGUCUCUUGCUCCUCGCGUGGACGUCUUCUUCCCACCUCUCAAAAGGACCAGGGUCAGUGCGCCGUUUAUCCCUCAAGACUGGGAGAUGUUGGGAAGCCGGUGCAAGCAAAUGUGCUCCCUGAAUGCCCUCUCCGACGAGUGCCUCUUGGAGAUCCUCAAACGUGUGGACGGAGACCGGGAGAGGAGCGUCGCAGCAUGCGUCUCCAAGAGGUGGCUGACGCUUCUGGGCACCACGAACAUAUCUAUGGUCCCGCUCACCGCCCCACCCUCCUCCAAGUCAGGUGCCCUUUGCGGGGAGCAGCAGCAGCCGAAGAAACGCCUCCCAGACCUAAACGAAACUGCGAAGGAUGAGAUUGAUGAGGAUGAGGAGGAAGAGCCGAUUCCCCUGGAGAAUUGCGACAAGCGCCCGAGCCGAUGCCUGGAAGGAAAAGCAGCGACAGAUGUCAGGCUGCUUGCUUUGGCUAUCGGAACUGGCGGCCAAGGUGGAGUGGGAGAGCUGUCGAUAAGAGCUGAUGGCAGCAGCCGCCGCGUCACGGACGUAGGGCUCGGUGCGGUUGCUCGUAGUUCCCCUUCGCUCAGAGUUCUGUCCUUGUGGAACACGCCCUACAUCACCGACAAGGGCCUCUCUCAGAUUGCCAACCGCUGCCCCCUUCUGGAGAAGCUCGACCUCUCCAGGUGCCCCCAGAUCACAGACAAGGGAAUCAGUGCCAUUGCUAUGAACUGCGCUCGCUUGUCUUCCUUGACGAUAGAAUCUUGUCCCAUGGUUGGGAAUGACUGCCUGUGGGCCGUUGGGCAUUUCUGCCCGAAGCUGAGGUCUGUUUCUCUCACGGAUUUGGCGCUCGUGGGCGACAAGGGAGUUGGGAGCCUGCUGUCAUCUUCUUCCUCGUCUCUGCGCAAGAUUAGCCUCCGACGCCUGAGCAUUACCGAUCUAUCUCUUGCCGUUGUGGGUCACUACGGGAAGGCGACUGUAAAGCUUAUUUUUGCCGAUCUUCCAAAUGUGACAGAGAGGGGGCUCUGGGUCAUGGGUUGUGCCCGUGGUUUGCAGCAGCUGAAGUCACUCACGAUCAUCUCGAGUGGAGCAACAGAUCUCGGCCUUGAAGCGGUCGCAAAGGGUUGCCCAUUGCUAAAGCAGUUGUCUCUCCAGAGAUGCACUCACCUGUCUGAUUCCGGCCUUAGAAAGCUUUCUGCUGCUGCGGCGUCCCUCGAGAUCCUGCAACUCGAAGAAUGCAACCUCAUCACUCUUCCUGGCGUUGCUGGAGCACUCCUGACUUUCAGUGCGAGAUUUAGAUCCCUCUCCCUCGUCAGAUGCCUGGGAUUCAGAGACGUCGAGUCCUAUCCGGAGUCACUACCCUUGCAUUCGUCCCUCAAGUCCCUGAGCAUUCGUCAGUGCCCGGGCUUUGGUAACUCUGGCCUGGCCUUUGUUGGGAAGCUGUGUAGGCAGUUGCGGCGCAUCAGCUUAUCGGUGCUCCCGGGGGUCUCUGACGCCGGGCUUCUCUCCCUGUCCAAGGGUUGCAAGUUGGGUUUGGUGAAGGUCAACCUCGGUGGCUGUGUGAACGUCACGGAUGCUGCAGUCGCCGCCCUUGCCAAGCGCCAUGGAGGGACUCUCCAGGCCCUCGACCUCGGGGGUUGCACGAUGGUCACCGAUGAAAGUCUGCUUGCGAUCUCUGACUCCUGUUUUCUCCUUCAGGAUGUCGAUGUGUCAAAGAGCGCGAUCACAGAUGCCGGUGUCGCUGCCUUGGCAUCUGGUGUGGGGCUCAACCUGCGGAUCCUAUCCGUAUCGGGUUGCCCGGACAUCUCUGCAAGGAGCCUGGUGCACUUGAGCAAUCUUUGUCCGUCUCUGGUGGGCCUCAAUCUUCAACUAUGUGACUUGCUGACUGGCCACGACAUUGCCUCAUUCCAGAGUAAGAUGGGGCAGUGCGAUGUCCUUUCCUGA